AUGAGGCACCGCGACCUCGGCCUAAAGCAGGAGAAGGAACAGGGGGUUUUUAGUCAAUAUGACAAGGCCCACCUGGUGUCGGGAGGCAUAGACUUCGCAGUGUGUCUAUGGGACCUGUUCAGUGGCGCCCUCUUACAUCGCUUCUGCGUACACGCAGGAGAGAUCACACAGCUGAUUGUACCGCCACAUAACUGUAGUCCUCGUAUUCAGAAAUGCAUCUGUUCGGUCGCUUCAGACCACAGCGUCACUUUGCUUAGUCUAACAGAAAGGAAAUGCGUGACCUUGGCAUCUCGUCAUUUGUUCCCGGUUCUGACAAUAAAAUGGCGGCCGGCUGAUGACUUCAUGGUGGUCGGAUGCAGUGACGGCACCGUCUUCGUGUGGCAGAUGGAGACUGGACAUGUUGAUAGGGUGUUGCAUGGCAUGAUAGCCGAAGAAGUGUUAGCGGCUUGUGAUGAAGCGUUGGCUGAUGAUCUUGGGGGGUCGUUAUCUACAGGAUCCAGUGAUGGACUGGCCAACCCAGCUGUCCACUUCUUCAGGGGCCUCCGUCACCGCAACCUGACGGCGAUGCGCGCGGCGACGCAGCGCGGGCUGGCCGCCCUGCAACACAGCGGCCCCGCCGGCAGCGCCGGGCCCUUGGCAGAGCCCGCGCGCGCCCGACGCGCCCAGCUCACCGUACAGGGCUUCCGGAGCAACCCUGCUGACCCCGAGAGCCAUAUCCUGUUCUUCGACAUCGAGGGUCUGAUAGUGGAACUCCUCAGCGAGGAGUAUUCCGCCAUGAGUCCUGCUAGUUUGGAGGCCGCCGGUUUAAUAACAAGCGAAUACAUGAAGGUGGCAGCCCUGACGCAGUCUGCCAGCCCUGACGCCACCAAGAGAAUAUCAGGUAUACUAGCUAAAAUGAAAGAGGGAGCUGAAACUAUGCAGACGAAACUUCAGGCGAAAGCAGAGCAGCUGAAAGGUCAUAUCGACAAUAAAGAAGAUGCCAGCCAGAAACGCCAGAGACCCCGCGACAUGUCCUUGGCAGAGCCACCACACACGAUGGAAAUAGCGCAGAUCCUGAUCUCCUUACUUCAUGCUUGGGGCUUGGAUCCCGACCUGGACAGGGUCUGCGAGUCCAAACUUGGAUUAUUGCGGCCAAUGGUGCCAGUAUGCUUCGGUGUGGUCUCCCGCCACGGUCACAUGGCUGUCCAGCUCCCCACAUGGCUUGGGAGCUGGUCUGCCGCCUGCGCCUCCGCUCCUGACGACCCAUUGCUCAUCACAUCGGAUCUACCACCAGAAUUGGUUCGCCAAGAGAAACUUACUAGACUGUUCUCAUCGAAGCUGCAUUGGGAGUUGAGCACAACGUUGACAACGAACCACCUUCUCUCCAUUGUGGCUCUCGCCAAUACCCUCAUGUCGAUGAGCAACGCCAGCUUUGUGCCAGAACAGGAGAUGAUACGAAGACUACACAGACCCUCAACCAGAAACUCCUCGUCUUGGGCAGCUGAUGAGGAGAGAGAGGAGCAACUGGCCGCCCAGCAGGCUCACAUCAAGCAAGGAUGGUCCUUACUGGCCACGCUGCACUGCGUUCUAUUGCCUGACAAGGUCGUCGCUGCAGGAGCAAAGAGUUUCAAACGUCCACAAGUGGAGAUGUUGGCUCGACGCUGGCAGCACCACUGUUUAGAAGUACGCGAGGCUGCUCAGGCGUUACUUUUAGCUGAACUUGGCAGACUUGGACCUAAAGGCCGUAAGACUCUGGUGGACAACUGGGCUCAGUUCCUUCCACUGUACACCCACACUGAGAGCAUCAACCCACAUGCAGCCCAUAAGGAACCUGCUGAGAAGAUACAGCAAGUUCAAGAAGAAGAGUUUGAAGAAGAAGAGGAGGAGAUUAUCCGCAAGCCGUCUUCUCUGGCGGAGCUGAAACGCAAGCAGACGACUGCAGUCGUACUGUUGGGGGUGAUAGGCUCUGAGUUCGGACAGGAUAUUACAAGCGAAGGCGCGGCUGGCAAUAAGAGGCGUAAGGACGGAGACAGCAGAAAGAGUUCCGUGGUUGAAGGUUUCACUCUAAGCUCAUCAAACAACCUGGCCCGACUGACCGCAUUGGCGCUCACCCAUCUACUUCUAAGCCCCGCCUGCCCCCGCUUACCCGCACACACUCCGCUACGCCGCGCCGCUGUGGACCUAUUGGGACGUGGAUUCACUGUCUGGGAACCUUACUUGGAUGUCAGUCAUGUCCUCCUGGGUCUGCUGGAGAUGUGUUGUGAUGCGGACAAGUUAGUUCCGUCGAUGACGUACGGGCUCCCCCUCACCCCGCAAGCAGACUCUUGUCGUACCGCCAGACACGCUCUCACACUUAUUGCGACCGCCAGGCCGGCUGCGUUUAUAACGACGAUGGCGCGCGAGGUGGCUCGCUGCGCGGCGGCGGCGCAGGGCGGCCAGCCGUCCGCCGCCUACCUGGCGCUGCAGAAGGGACGCGCCGAGGUCCUGCGCGGGAUCGAACUACUCAUCGACAGAAUGCACAACGAAGUCGCCGAGCUCUUGGUCGAGGUGAUGGACAUUAUCUUGCACUGCGUGGACCAGUCGCACUUGAAGAGUAAGGGCCUCAACGAGGUGUUCCCCGCGAUCUGCCGGUACAACCAGGUCUCGCACUGCCCCGCUACUAGGCGAAUUGCAGUGGGCAGCCACACGGGCCAGCUGGCCAUGUACGAGCUGCGCGCGGGGCGCUGCCAGUCGCUGGCGGCCCACAGCGGGCCCGUCACCGCCUGCGCCUUCAGCCCCGACGGACGGUACCUCGUCUCCUAUGCCACGGCCGACAACCGACUGUCCUUCUGGCAGAGCACCGCUGGUAUGUUUGGUCUAGGCGCUGCACAGACUCGUUGCGUAAAAUGCUACAGUACAGCUCCCAUGGCAGACGUAGCCAGACUCAAUCCUGCACGCCUGGCCCGACUCGUCUGGACGAAUUCCCGAACUGUCACACUCAUGUUGGGUGACGGGUCUGAAACUAGAUUCAAUGUGUAAAUAAAUUGUUAAUUUUUCAACUGUAAGGGUUUAGUUUUAAUGUUUGACAAAUAUAUGUUUCUGGUCUGGUGUGAAAUUGUAUGUUUGUAAACGCACCCUCGACCCACAGUUCCAAUAUGGAAUUAUUUAUAAAUAUUUUAGUGAAUUGUUAA